AAUGUCCCCGAAUGAUGCUAGUGUUGCUCCUGUUGCCAGACGAAUUGAGGAGCUGGUGACCAGUAUUAAAAGGAGGUCACAACGUCUUUAUAAAGACAAUGAUGGCUGCAAAGGUCCUGCCCGGAUACGCAGAAAGAUCAGGGAGGAAAAUAAACUUUUAAAUUCUGUGGUGGAUCAAUAUAACGCCAUGGUUCCUAAUGCAGAAAACCUGGACUUGGACACCAUUCUUUCGGAUGACAUUAUUUGGCCAUGGCAGCUUUCACACGGUGACUCUGUAGAUCUAAGGACAAAAAGGAAGGCAUUUGACAUGGUGAUGGCAGUAAGGAGACUUGAGGAGGAGAAGAGGAUUGUCAUUGCUGAGAUGGAAAAAUAUUGGACAUCUCUUUGCACCCGUGCAGACACCCUGAAGGAGAUGUCAUCUCAGCUUUGCAGUGGGACAUCAAAUGAGAUGUGGGGCCUGAGUAAAGAGGGAAUCCAAGGUCUACAGAGCUUAAUCAUAAAGAACGCACAAGCCAUCAACAGAAUACGAAAGCACGUAAAGAACUGUUAUAUACAAGUUCUGACUGGAACAGAAGUGAACUUUAAAAGUGAUUCGGAGGAAUACCAUAGUGACUCUGAACUUUCCGAAGAUUAAACGGAGGAUGUAAGAUGACCAACUUUCAAGUGUCUUGUCAUGUUCUCCAAGUCUUAAAGAAAUGCAUAGAUUGGCAAGAAGAUCAUUGUAGCACCUGGACUCUUUAUAUUGAAAUUUAAUUCACAAUUCAGUUUUGAGAAUGCCCAUGUUCUCUGUAACCAGAUGGGAUGAAAGACCUCUUCCAUGCCAACUUAUAGCAGGGGUCUUUUUUUGCAUUUUAUUUAUUGCAUUUUACUGUUUAUCCAUCCAAAGUAAUUUUCUGACCCUGCUAAUUAAACAUGAAAAGCUUGGUUUAGAAUUAGAAAAAAACCCAUGGGAGCUUUAAUUGAACUUGGAGCUUAUUUUAUGAAUCGGUAUGCUCUCAUG